UUCCAGAAGAGAUAAAUGUUUGGAAAGUUUAGAAGUGGGGGAGGUGACGAUUACGGGAAAAAUCGAGGAGGGGGUAGAGGAGAUUACGAGUAUGGAUAUAAGAGAAACGGAGGAGAAAGAGAAGAGGAGGAUAUGAAACCUCAGAUAGAUUGGGAUACAGUCAAGAGCAUAAAGAACAGUGUAGAGACUAAGACACUUUUUACUCCUGAACUAUGCUCCGAGAUUGAAAAGAAAAUAGAUGAAGUUGUUGCGGAUGGUGAGAAGGGAAUAUACAAGGAUUGUACAGUAGACAGAGCUCCACUCAGGAAUAAAUAUUUUUUUGGUGAGGGAUAUACUUACGGAGCACAGCUACAAAAUAGAAAUACUGAAGGUGAUCAAGACAAGGCCAAAGGACCAGGUAAUGAGAGACUGUACCCUGCUGGUGAGGUUGACCCUAUACCGGACUGGGUUCAGGAGAUGGUUAUUAAACCUAUAGAAGACGCAGGAAUUGUAGAAAAGAACUGGAUUAACUCUGCUGUAUUGAAUGAUUAUAAACCCGGUGGAUGUAUAGUUUCUCACAUUGAUCCACCACAACUAUUCCACAGGUGCCAGUAUGGAGAGGAUGUGUUUUAA